GUCAAUCAGUUUUUUCCCCAGUCAGCCUCCCCUCAAUCGCCAUAUUGGGUACUGAAAAGGUUUGUCUGUUAUUUCUUCUCUCUUACUACGAGAAUAAAUUGACAGGAGUGGCUUCAGUUACUGCACAUUGUUUUGAUGAUCUGACUACUUUAGCUCGCAUUGCCAUAUUGGAAAUUACCGUUUCUAUCCAAACCUAUGCAUGGCAUAAAAGUGUUGAUCAUUCGUUUUACGCUUGUGUUGGAUCGCGGUGAGAAAGGAGGAAAUACGAAUUUUUAAGUGUUCUAUUUGGACGUUAAUUGAUUCACCGAAAAUGUCAGAUGUUCGACUUUCAAAUGGAAGCCCGACGUUGGAAAGGACGGAUGCUCGGUUGUCGGAUCACCCAAAACCGUCAGCCUGCAGAAUCAUUUUCGGCUCGCCGGAUCGCGAAGAGUUAAGGCGGGAUUUAAAGGGACAUUUGCAGGAGAUGGAAGCGGCAGCCUCAGCGAAGUGGAACUUCGAUUUUUCAAGCCACACACCUCUAUCGAACGGGAGAUUCAAAUGGGAAUUAAUGGAUUGUAAAGACAUUCCAAAUUUCUACACCAGAACGCAACGAUCAGUGAAAGACGUUUGCCCCUCUGGGAAUAACAAUAUGGAUCUAAAUGGGAAUCAUAGUUGUGUGGUGGUGACUCCCCGGCAGUCUGACAACACCGAGAGGUCAGAGAGCCAAAUGGAGAGUAAAGAGCAGUGCACCGGGCGGAGAAAAAGACCAGCCUGCCACGAAUACCCCUCGUCCCAAAAUAAAAGGUCACACAGUAGUUCGAAUGAAGUUACGCCUUGCCCAGUCUUGACGCAUUCCGUAGAACGCACACCCAGGAAAGCCAGUCCCAGGACUCAAACGUGAAGAUGACAAGGAGCUGAAAAUGUAUUUCCCCUUUUUGUCAUGGAAACCCAAGUGUUCGGUGAUUUCGAAGAGGAACUACAAAGAAAACGAAACAUAUCAAUUCUCCCUAAGGAUGGGGACGCUGUGCAAGCACUGAAUAUAAACACUAAAGUUCUGGCACUCAUAAAGUUACUGCCUCUAAAAGCAGUCGAUGUAGCAGUGUGCAAUUAGGUUUUAUUUCCUUUUUUGCUUUUUUUUUUUUUUACUACCUGUGUAUAUAUUUAUUUUCAUAUGUAGCACAUGAAACAUAUUAUGAUUGGGGAGGGGGGAAAAACUAUGUAAAAGGCAUGAAUUUGACUUGAAUAAUUGCCGUGUAGUUUUGGUUCCAAAAUGCUGUUUAUAAAUCCUGAUCCAUUUAAAAAAAAUGAUUGGAUUAAAUAAUUGUUCCUCAUCAAAGUAUCCUCAUAGGUCAUCUGUAUGUAGGGAGAGAUUGAUGGUACAUAAUGUGUAUCCUUGUUUUUUGGGUCAUUUAAGUGUCACAUAACGUGGGUUCUCAGCCACCCCACGAAAACAAUGCCUCAAAUAAUGAUACAUUUCUGUUAUGACUUAAAAAGUAAUAUGUGAAGUCAGCCAAUAUUUAUUGUAUUUUGUUAAAUCUGUAGGCCUGUCGGUCACUUAAAUUCUGGAAUAUUUUGUUUUUUUACAAGUCUUCCUCUUCACCAUUUUUUAAAGAAGUGUAGCUAAUUUAUUUUUCUGAAGUGGUGUAGGGUACUAAUUUGCUGAAGGAUAAAGUAUCAGUUAACUGUACUGGUAGUAUUAAUCAACUUCAUCCUCUCCCUGACAUACUCGUGUCUGUCAGUUUAACGGUUCUUAAUAAUUAUAAAAAAAAUACGAUUAGGCCUUUUUAUAUUUGAAAUGUCCUACAAUACCAAAUACAUGGUUGCUUCAAUAUGUCUGUGUCGACGCUUUCACCAUCAGGUUGCCUUGGCAUUGUACUCCUGUUUGAUACAGAAAGAUAAUUUAAUUUGUUAAUCUCCCCCUUCUCCCAGACAUUGUUAGUGCAGAUCAUGCAAAUGUAGCUUCUAAAAUAACUUUAAUUUCGCCCAGUUACAAUCAGCCUUUGUUCAGGGGCUAAGAAUUCUCAAAGUAGUCACUCUGCCCGUGUAAAUCUAUUAAGUGUACAUAACUUUGUAAAAACACUGAGAAAUUAUACUAACUUAUUUAUGUCAAGCUUUUUUUAUGUAGAAUAAAAUGGGGUUUUGAUCAAGGUUAUCCAAAGUGGCAUUUACAUAUUUUUUUGUAAGCAUAUUUUUGGUAGUUUUUAUUUUAUCAAAAAAGGUUGCAACCUGAGCCUGAUUUAAAAAAUAUUUGAUGUGCAUUUUUCAAUGUGUGAUUUAAGAUGUGUUGCAAUCAAUUAAAACAGAAGAUAAAUCGUU